UCUCCGUCGCAAACUCACCUCAACCUCGCACCACCGUCACGAACCGCCUUCCCAAGCUCCAGCGUCCACUUCCCACACCACGCCCUACCACUAGUUCAAAAUGGCAGGCCCCAAUCUCGAAGUCUUCAAGUUUGGCAUGUACAUUAUGUUCCCGAUCGGCAUCAUGUACUACUUCGGAACGAACCUCGACGGGAAGUUCAGCGUGCCGGACUUCUGGCCGAAGCCAGAGCAGACGCAUCGGAUUCCGUAUGAGCGGGAGGAGAUUAAGGCAGAGUUGGAGCGGCUGAAGGCGAGAAAUGCGGAGAUGAAGAGACUCCGGGAGAGGAGGGAGAGGGAGGAGGCGAUGAGGGAGGGUAGGGAUCUCUGAGAUCGAGGGAAAGAUGACAGCGGGGAUGUGAAUAGGGUAUGGUAGUUGGAGGCAGUAGGAAGACUGCGUAUACACCCGACUCGAUUACAGGACGGAACAAGCGAGAACAUCACAACUAGUUGAGCAUGGAAGGCGUUUUGGACCAAAGUGCUGGUGGAUUUUGUACAGUAUUGUACUAGUAUUUUGUACAUCUAUGCGGACAAAUAUGGACAAGGAGAAUCAUCAUAUCGCGGUCUUGCUCGCUAGCUCUUCCCACAG